UUUUUGCAUUACCAGUUUUCGAGCGUUAUCAUAUCCGCUUCUUUCUUUAAUCGACCGGAGCCCUAACUUCAUAUGCACUUCCGAAAUUCAUUUGCCCUAACCUGCGAAAACAAUGUCACCCAUUUCGUUGGAUUUAGUAGCUGAAAUCCUCUGUCGACUACCCGUUGACUGUGUCUUAUGUUGCAGGUGCGUCUCAAAAUCUUGGUUUGCUCUUAUUGAUAGUCCUGAGUUUGCAAAAUUGCAUCUAAAACAUUCACCCAAAACCAACUCUAAUUUUUGGGUUCUCCUUAGAGAGACUGAGUAUUUUGGAUAUAAAAAGCGUUGUUUCUACUCUCUAAAUAUUGAUUCUCUCAACUCUCGAGUUGUUACCCCCAACGAAUUGACCAACCCUUUGAGGUCUAGUGAUUUUGAUACAAAGAUAAUUGGUUGUUGCAAUGGGUUGCUGUUGAUAUCAAAUACUGUGUAUGAAAUUGGCUUAUGGAACCCAUCUACUGGAAAAUACAAGAAAUUACCAGUACUUAGUGUUGAUAGAGAAGAAGAUGGAUAUUAGAUUUGGUUUUGGAUAUGAUGUUGUCAAUAAUGACUAUAAGGUUGUUAGAAUUGGGCAGUUUGUUGGUACUGAAAAGGGUCCUCUUUGCUCUGAUGUUAAGGUUUAUAGUUUGAAAUCAAAUUCUUGGAAAGGGGUUGAUAAGGAAUUUCCUUAUUAUGUCCGAAAUAAGGAGGAACCCGGUACAUAUUUAAAUGGUGCAUUGCAUUGGGUUGUUAGUAGUGAGAUAAAGAUACCAUUGCAACAACUGAUUGUUGCGUUUGAUCUUGAAACUGAAACAUGUCGGAUUGUACCGCAUCCCCCAUAUACUAAUGAAAGGUUGAGUGUGAAGUUGGAGGUGUUAGGAGGCUGCCUUUGCACAUUUCACUCCUUUUGGGAUGAUUUUUUUUAUGACGAAUGGGGGAAUUUGGAUCGUGGUUUGGACCAUAUGGACAUAUGGGUAAUGAAGGAAUAUGGAGUUAAGGACUCGUGGACUAAGAUUAUGUCAAUUGAACGGCCAGAUAAGGAUAUUGGACGUCUUUUUGUCCCACUCGCAUAUUCUAACAGUGGAGAGGAAGUUCUGCUGGAACAAGAUAAUAAACGGUUUGUAUGGACAAGUAUUAAGAAUGGAAACACAAAGAUCGUUGAUACUCAAUUUGGCAUAUUACACGGCUUUCUACACUUCAAUAGUUAUGUCUAUUUGGGAAGCCUGGUUCAGCUCGGUUCCAGUGAUGACACAAGUUACUUGAAGAAAGAACAGUUCAGUCAAGAUAAAGGAGGACAAAGGAAAACCUUAAGGAAGAGGAUGUGGCGUUUUAAGCAUCGAAAACAGAUUUGUGAUUGGUAUUUUCAUCAGGGAAUUUUUUGUGAUUGGUAUUUUCAUCUGGGAAUUUGAAACAACACAGACGCAGGAAGAUGGAGAGUAGUGCAUUUCCUCUUUUACUCUAACCACCGCUCUCUCUGUCUCCUCUCUCUCUUUUCUCCGAGUCUUGUAAAGUGUAGAGACUCAACUUUUGUCAUCUGCAUAUAGUUUAUGUAAAACUAAACACUGAUGUAAAGACUUUUAUGGAGUUUAUUGCUGUUCUUUUUUUUCUUUUGGGAUAUGCUUAUAUAAAUUUCUAGCCUUUUAA